UGUUUACGAUUUCGGCGUAAACCAGAGUAUAGCACUACUGUACGCUUUAGGAGUUUGCGUCAUCGCGGUUCUCAUAAGUUGUGUUGAGGACUGUGUGUCCAACUCGGAGUUGUAGAGAUGUUUUUACGGGAGUUAAUAAUUGUUUUAAUAUUCGGUUUCGUUAUUGCGAGUGAACAUAACAAAUAUUCUGCCGGUGCAAAUGUGAAAUCUGACAUUUUAAGUGAAUCAGGAAAUUACUUUAGAACACUGCAAAAACCAUUUAGAAUGGCAAAAUUAAAUAUGUUAUGGUCCAAGGCACAAUUGAGAUUAACAGAACCAAAGCUGAAGUCUUUGUAUAGUGAACUGAAGAUCCAUGACAAAGAAGAACUGGUGUGGAAGAAGAUGAAAGCAGAUGGGUUAGACAAAGAUGGUCUAGAAGAAGCAAAAAUGAGAAAGCGUCUGAUUGGAAUAAUGAGUACAUAUGGUCUUCUUGAACAUUUUGAAGAUAUCAAUGACCCAAAACAGUACAAGCAGCACAAGGCUUUUAAUGAAGCAUCUGAGGAUUAUAUAAAUAAAAGUUUAUUUAAGGACAAGAAACUGAACAAGUUGUGGGAGAAAGCAGAAAAGGCGGGUUUCACAGCUGAAGAGUUACAAGCCUUAAAAGAGGAAUUUGGUCAUCAUCAGGACAAGAUAGAUCAGUAUUAUUCUCUCCUGCACGAAGUAAAGGAAGGAAUGGCAGCAGACGAUACAGACAGUAAUUCUGUAGAUAAUACAUUAGACCGUUUCAAUGCUCUUGAAGAACAGGAAGAGCCUGCAAAGGAUCACAGGCACAAAGCCAACAUGUUACGUGAACGCCAUCGUGACAUCAGAGAUGGAUACGAUCGCUUGCACCGAAUUGCUGCAAAGGGCCCUAAUAGCAAAGAAUUUGUGGAGCCAAAAGUACAAGGAUUGUGGCAGAUGGCAUUGAAUGGUAAUUUUAGUACUGAGGAGUUGGAGUCUCUUCGGGUGGAGUUGAUGCACUAUGAGAAUCGUUUGCUGAAACUCCGGCACCUUCAAGCCGAAGCUGCACUUGGCGCAGGACAUAGAGCUACUAAACCAGCAGGAGAGAAACCUGCAACACUGGAAGACUUGGAAGACAGUAUCAAGAAGCAUGCUCGCAAAGCAGACAAGCUGCACGCACACCUUGAAUCCAAAAUAAUAAACAAACACAUGGAACUUUAGUAAGUUGUCUAAUGUAUGCUGCGCAUUUAAUUUCUAGCACACAGUCUCAUUGACUUCCAUAGGAGUGGAUUUUUUUUUAAAUUGUAAAAUUCUUGAUUUAAUGUUAGCUGUACUUGUUGAAUAGUAGUAUGAUAAUGAUAUGAGUUCUUAGAAGGAAUGAGAAAAAGUAAAGCAAGUUGUUUUUAUCUAGGAAGACAGAGGAAUAUUACCCAGUUGUAACUAUCACUAAGCCUGUGAUUAAAUAACUCUUGUAGAAUGAGGUAUUUUUCUCCUUUUUUCUAUAAAACAUUUUUUUGAGUACUGCAGUGUCACUUGAGGUUCUGCCUAGUAAAAUGGUUAACAUUGGUAGAAUUAUUUCAGUAAAUACAGAAUCUCAGUUAUUGAAUAUAGUGAGAUGACAUGCUCUUGUAAUAUUUUAUAAUAACUGGAUAGGAAACAGAUUCAUAGGAAAUAUUUCUGGUGCACUGCUUGUCUUCCUUUUUCGUAUACAAUUUUGGAAAAAGGUAGAAUUUUUUUUCUGUGUUUUCAUAGGCCUACAACCAUUUCUUUAUCAAAUGUUAUACACAAACAAACAAAUAAAUAAAUAAAAAUAUAAACGCCCAAACUCAGGGGAAAGAGAAUAAAAUUGCUGUAUAGUUUACAUAUGUAUUCUUUUAUAA